AUGGCAUCUGGUUGCCCUGAUCGUGUCAAUAUAUCUUACAGUGGCCCGGAAGCCGAUUUGAUUCAUUCCCGAAGUGCUUCUCAAUGGCAAGCCGCCCUUGGUGCCGCAGAAUCAAUACAGGGGGUUCUUUCCCGUACACCCUCUCUGCCCGAAAAUAUUCCUAGCGAUGCCAAUUCGAUCGAGGGAUAUUCCACAUGGAGAAAUACCGAUGCUUCCUGCUGCUUAGCAAAAACCGAGAGAGUCUUCAGGUUUGCUCUGAGAAAGCGCUGGGCCUAUAUAUUAAGUUCAAGCCUUGCAGAGAGACAGAACCUCUCCAUCGCCUAUAAUCCAGUGCUUGACAGUCCUUCCAGUCUAGAAAUCGAUCUUGAUUACGCCCUGCCGCAAGAGCUUGCCUGGAAGGCGAUUGCCUCUUGUGGAGUUGGAUGGACCAUUGCCGAUGGUCAGGUCUCGCCGUGGGCAGUUCGCGUCGAGGACAUUGGGCUCUGCAUUCUUGCUCGCGGAGCUGAUGGCUAUCAGCGCCCACCGACAGCCAGAGAAGCUGCAUGUUACCUUGCAAGGCUAUACCAUGCCUACGACCUUGGUAGCCAAUGCUCUGUAGUGCUUGCAGCAGCUCUCACCCUCCCGCUUCACGCUAGCACGGCGCCUUUGAAGUCUGCCUCAAUCGAACUCCCCAGGCCGUCGUUCCCAGCUCGUGUUACCUCCCCAGGCCAGCUGGAUUACCAGGACUUCCCAGCCGAGUUUAGCCACCUCGGCUACUACAUGUCAUUAAGCCUCUGUCCCUGGAUCUUUGGACCCAUUACCUCUAUUCUCAACCCUAUAAUCAGCAACGAUAAUCUAGAACUCCUGGCCAAGAUCCUGUCAUUCACAGUAGUUGCACCGCUAUGGCUUAGUUCCAUCCUGCCAUCACUUGCCAAACUACAAGAUUGCCCGCAUGCGCAGCCUGCUGUUGAUUCUGCCGCUUGGACCAGCAUGCCUCAGUCGUUUAUAAACCUUCACCCUCCUGGGCCAUACCUUCGAGACGGGAUGGUAUCUCGAUCAGAUGUAUGGCGUCUGCGUCACGACUGCAACAGGGAGUACGAGGACAACACUUUCGCGUAUAGUCCAGCGUAUGGGUGGCCUCCCUUUGACAAAAUGCGAGCUGAAGACGUUGAGCUGGAAAUACGUAACCAUCUACAAUGUUCCCACCGGUGGGAAUAUGCAUGGUGGACUUGGUUGCCGGACAAGACUGAUGCUGGAUUCUCGACCAACUGCCUGACUGCUCUGCCAUCCAAAGACGUGGUUGCGGAUGGGCAUCAGUUGUGA